AUGUUCAUGAUGCUGCUUUCCCUUCUCUUCGCGACGCUGAGUUUGGCUGAGCCCCUGGAACUCACAUUCCGACAGAGCACAGCCUGCGACAGCCGACCAUGGCGAAGAGACCUAGCCCUCCCUCUACACAAUGAACUCGCGUACCAGCGCUACACUCUGGACAUCACAGUCGGCACGCCCCCGCUGCCCUAUUCUCUCACCGUCGACACGGCCAGCAGCUACCUCUGGGUGCCGCUGGCGAACUCUUCAGGCUGCGCCCCAGACCCCUGUCCCGCAGGUGGAUUCGACCCAGAGGACUCGUCGACAUCGAUUGCGACGGGCGUGCCGUUCGACGUGUCGUACGGCCUAGAGCCUGGGCACACUGUCUUGGGCCAGUUCUACAAUGACACCGUGACUGUAGGCGGGGCAGUGAUGCCCAACAUGACGAUCGGCGCCUGCGAUGUCCCGCCCGACAUCUUCGGCAGCGGCAUCUGGGGCCUCAUCGGCCUGGGCCCUCCCGUGUCCCCAGACGGCCAAGCCAACGACACGAUCCCGCCGCUCUGGCAGUCGCUGUACCAGCACGGGUACGCGUCGAAGCAACUGUUCAGUCUGUGGCUGAACAGGCAGUCGGCCGAGACCGGCAGCAUCCUCUUCGGAGGGAUCGACGAGACCAAGUUCGAGGGCGAGCUGAAGAGCCUCCCGGUGGUCACGCAGGGCCGGGAUAGGGUUUGGUCCGAAUGGGCAGUCAACCUGACGUCCGUGGCGUAUGUGGGCGCGGAUGGGACGGCUGUGAAUCUGACGGGCGAGGGGAGGAAUAUCACCACUGUGCUCGACUCGGCGGCGCCGAAUAUGUACCUGCCGACCGAAAUCUACGACGAUGUUGCGGCGCGGAUGAAUGCGACAAUCGUGCAGACCUUUCCGUACGUGUCCUGCGAGCUUCGGAACUCGACCAAAGGCCUCGAGUUCGGAUUUGGCUUCGAGUCGGGUGGGCCGCGGGUCAGGGUGCCGUAUGGCGAGGUGAUCUACCCGUUCGGAGACCCUGCCAAUAUCGGAGAGAUCACGGAUGAUGAGGGUCGUGAGCUGUGUUAUCUGGGCCUUAUUGGCACGCCGGGGCCGAUUUUCCUACUCGGCGCUACUUUUAUCAGGAGCGUGUAUUUGGUCUUUGAUUAUGACGAGGGGAAGAUCUCUAUGGGGUCUGUGAAGUAUGAUUGA